GCCACCUUCAAAGCCAGGGUAUAAAUAUGUUUUCUGGUCCUGGCAACCUGAACCUUGAGAAUCAUCGCAACUCGUCCUAUCUCUUUGGAUUGGCUCAAAGUUGAGCAAGGGUAACCAUCAGAAACCAUACUGCAACAAUGCGCUUUCACCUCCCACCAACCCUCCUCCUCACCGCAGCACUAAGCGCAACCCCCGCGCUCGCCGGUCAAAAAGUCGCAGCAGUCUGGAGCGGAUCCACCUUCAGCACAGUUGGGAAAACCGGAACAAAUAACUUCGGCAGUGGCUUUACGCUGCUAAACUCCGACCGCGACGGCAUCUACAACGAUGGCACGCCAGACGGGCACAUCCCGUGUACGUUCGCGGGCAAGGAGUUCCAGCUCGAGAAGGGAUGUCUUGGCGGUGCAUGGUACUCGUUCCGAUGGGUGGCGAGUCAGAUUGGGAUCCCGCAGAGCUGUGAGGUUAUUGGGCCUGAUGGGGAGAGUGUAGGGAAGGGGGAUGGGAAUGGUGACACGGAGUUCUUUGGGGUGGGGAUUGCGCUCACGGGGGCAUGUAGUGUUGAGUUUGAGCUUGUUGAUGGACUUGGUUGCGGUGCGGAUGUCGAUGGUUUCGUGGCGCAUCAUACCGGCUGGAAUCGUUGGUAAGCUGGGGGCUAAUUCCAAGUGUGAGGCCUAGACACUUCGGGCACUUAUCCCCGAUCGACAAUAGGUGAUAGCAGUUUAAGGAUACCGAAGAAGAGAAAGGACAUAACCGAAAACCAGAAGA